AUGCCACCGCCGAUGUGUACCACCCCUGCCAUUCUAUCCUAUAAAGGAUGGCCUUGGCGAGCUCGAAAUACUCAGAGGUCUCCUCUACUCGGCGUACUUGGCACAAUCAAACCUUCAAUCGAGAUGUUUACUCCUUUCAUUGUUGCUCUUGCUCUUUCAGCAGGUGUUCUCGGUGCGCCAGCUCCUGCUGCCGACGCGAAGACUUCCUCGACCACCAAACAUGCAUCUACUUCGACCACCUCCUCCGUGUCGACCGCCGUCCCAUCUUCAACAGUUGAUUCUUCUCUGCCCGUUCCCACUCUCCCUUAUGCGUCGGACGACUUGAACGAGUCGUAUCUUGACAAGUUCCAGAAUGAGCUCCCCGAACCAAUCCGGGGUACCAAAGGCGCGAAGCUCCUCGGUCCCCAGAAUGUUGCGCUCGACCGUCAAAAUCCUGACUUUCUGGCUAGCCCAGGCACGGACAACGGCGCAGUCUCCAACGUCAAGUGGCCAUUCAGCUUGUCCCACAACCGUGUUCAGGAUGGUGGUUGGGCGCGUCAGCAGAACGUCCACGCAAUGCCGAUCGCAACGACGAUGGCUGGUGUGAACAUGCGUCUGAAAGCUGGAGGAAUUCGUGAAUUGCAUUGGCAUAUCACCGCCGAGUGGGCAUAUGUUUUAGCGGGAAGUUGCCGCGUCUCCGUUACCAAUGCCGAUGGCCAGAACUAUGAUGUCGAUGUCUAUCCUGGUGAUCUUUGGUACUUCCCAGCUGGCAUUCCUCACGUGCUUCAAGGCCUCAACGACGUUGCUGAUGGCUGCGAGUUCCUUUUGGUUUUCGAUGAUGGAGAGUUCAGCGAAGACUCCACUUUCUCGGUCACCGACUGGAUGGCUCAUGUCCCCAAGGAGGUCCUAAGCAAGAACUUCAAGGUCAACGCCUCUGCCUUCGAUCAUAUCCCCGACCGUCAACUUUGGAUGCUUCCUAGCGCUGUGCCAACAGGCAGUGCUGCAGACAAGGCCGUAAAGAGUCCACAAGGCGUAUCUACAUUGCCCUACACAUUCGCUGCAAGCAAGGCCAACUCGACCAAGGUUCAAGGUGGAACUGUCAAGGUUGUCGAUUCUCGUACUUUCGAAAUCAGCAAGACUAUUGCAAUGGCAGAAGUCAGCGUUGAAGUGGGAGGAAUUCGGGAACUCCACUGGCACCCAACUCAACCCGAAUGGAGUUAUUUCAUCGAAGGAAACGCGCGUAUUACAGUAUUUGCAGCUCAGGCCAAUGCUCGCACCUUCAACUACCAGGCUGGUGAUAUUGGUUAUGUUCCUCCCUCUUUCGGUCACUACGUUGAGAACAUUGGCAACACCACUCUCAAGUUCCUCGAGAUCUUCAACGCCGACAAAUAUGAGGAUAUCUCGCUGAACCAGUGGCUCGCGCUCACCCCUCCUGACUUGGUCAAGGCUCACUUGCAACUCAGCGAUGACACCAUUAGCAAGCUACAGAAGGUCAAGCCUAUUGUUGUCGGGUCUGAUUUGACUUUGGCUUGGUCGAUCAGAUAUGACCGGCUUUUGUUCUCGCAUGAAGCGCCAGCAUUGUUUUUACCAGAAUCCUUUGGAUUUAGACUUCUGCACGCAGCUUCACAUCCCCCCGUAUUCACCUGCGACCAUUCAUCUUUCAUGCCUACAUUCAGAAACGAAGCCUCACUUUGUGCUUUUUCUGGCUUCCAAGCUCUCGAUGACCGUACACAAUCCACGAUACUCCGAAUGUUAAGAGAUGAUCGCCUGAAUAAUUAUGGUGGCCUCAAGCGCCCUCCCAAUGCGUGGUUGCUUUUCCGUUCGGAGAUGCUGGCAGCUAAUCCUGAAAUGAAAUCCAUCUCCCAAGCCGAGGUUACAGUGAAAUGUAAAUCUCACUGGAGUUUGCUUAGCUCUGAGGAACGCAAAAAGCUUCAAGACCGAGCACAUCAAGCGACUGUUGAAUUGCUCCAAUAUUUUCCAGACUACGCUUACCAGCCGAUGUCCAUGGAAAACAAAGCGAAGUGGAAGCAGCUCGGUAUUUAUUACAGAAAAGAGUUUUGGGUGUCCUCGGCUGCCCGGAUCGCGGAGAAGAUUGUGAGUCCGGGUAAACCCUGGAACGGGUUUUUGACUUUGGAGAAGUGGCUGGAUGAGCAUUAUCCAGGCGCAUCAGAUUACUUGUCUCUAGCCACCGUUGUCACUGGAGCAGAGCAUACAUCCGAGUCCGGGUCUCCGGCUCGUCUCGUUUCCCCAUUGCGAGUCCUACGUAAACAUGAUGGCAGAUCUAUCCGCGCCCCGAUCGCGACAAAUAAAGCAAGUUCUUUUAGGCUUCAUCCAUAUAAUAAGCAUAGCAGGGCGCCUGUUCCUCCCACAAAGGGGGAUACACUAGAGCAGGCACAAAUCGGGAGUGCUAGCAGGGCUCUACCACCUGACCAGCUGAAAGAUGUUCUAGUUCCUAUUGACUCUCAAUCAUCUGGUUCUCAGCGCAAGAGGCAAGUUCUGUUUGCGCACCAGCCAGUCUCUCCUAACGGGAAGAUGGUAUGGGUGUCAGAGAUUAUAGAUGAUCAUGUUCCAGAAGAUACCCUCAGGAAAUUCUUGGAUUCAACUGGCCCCAACGAAGUCUCGACCGAUCACCUCAUAUUGCGAGAUUAUACGGACCCUUGGGUGCCCGAAGCGAUGGACGAGAAUGGCAAACUGUUUUACCCACAUAUAAGUUCGAUUCCCGAAUAUCACGAGUAUAUACGGGCGUACCACUCUUCUCAAGAGCGUGGCCUGGACUUCGUAUGGCCACCUCCACCUCGAUCUUCUUCAGCCACAGCCCUGCCUAUUGGGCAGCCAGACUCAUCUGUGGCAUCCGUGAUAAGGGAGACUGCGCCUCAGCAUUCGGGUUCUCGGGACUCAAGUAUACCACGGGGAAGCCCUACUCUUGACUGA